CGUGGAAAGAUAUAAUAUAAGCUGGGUCACAUGCUGCUUAGUAACUAUGAAAAAGCAUAAUAGGUAUAUGCAAUAGAAACCUUCCUUGAUAAUUCACUUCUGUCUGUUAUUUGUUUCUAAAUGGAAAACUAUUUAAAGACACUACCACUUUAUCAUUAAUGAUUUCUCUGCUGCUUUAGGACAGCAAUGCACAAACUACAGAUUGAAAUAGUAAGGGAGGCUUACGUUGCCUACAGUUUGCAUAAUGCGAUGUGUUCAGUCUAUGAAAUUUUAAUCCUACUAUGAUUUAAGCUCCAUUGGUUGGUGUGUUGCAUCAAAGAUAAUGAUGGAAAACUACAAAAACGUCUGUUAGUUUGUAUCUAGGCAUUGAUAAUACCGACCACACUGUCAAUAUACUUUGACGAAAGUUUAGCAGGUGCAUGCCUGUGACCCGAUUCGCACGCCCUCCAUGCAAAAUCCCCGUCAUACGUAAACACCAUGUAUUCUAAAUGAAUCAUAAUUCUUGGCAUGUAAAAUGAGUAUUCAGAAAGUUUAAAUAUGAUCGAUCAAUCGGCUUGUGAUCUGAAUGAUUAAUUGCAUUAUCAUGCACGAAAACAUCUUUCCAAAAAAUACUUGAGAGCUUUCAGCAGUACUUUCAAGAUGCACCCGAAUUUAGCCAGCACGUUUGGAGUUUUUUGCAUCUUUAUGCAUAUGUUCCUGCAUUCAGUCAACGGUAGAAUCCUGCGCAGAUCUUGUGGAGACUACGCAAACUUCUCAUAUGUAGAGCAGGAUAAAGUUUUGCAGGGAGAGAAAAUAACAACAGUAAUUGUUCCAUCCGAAGAAGAAUGCGAACUUGCCUGUGUUGACGAGCUGCAAUGCAAGUCAAUAAACAUAGAAAAGAGAAGGAAUGCCAGACAGUGCGAGCUCAACAAACGCUCUACUGCAGAUGCUUCAGACGGGGUAGCACUAACGCCAAAGCAAGGUUGGGUGUACAAGUCUACGAGCUUUACUGAAAAUCUGAUUGGGCACAUAUGCAGGAAGCUCAAUCCAUGCGAACCGGAGCAUUUGUGUCUCGAUGUUUGCUAUUCCACUGGAUACAAGUGCACCCAUUGCAAGGAGCUUCCACUUGGCAUGCCGUGUGUCAGAUUUAAAAUUCAACUCAGUUCAUUUCGAAAUGAAUUCGCUGGUGUUAUAGAAGACGCAAACGAUGGGACAAGACCGCCUUUCCUCUCUGAUAACAAUCAACGUCGAAAGUGA